AUUGCACCCGCCGCACCGGAGCAACUUAGUUUCCGACCCAGUAUAUAGUGAGGGCAGAAGAGCAAUGGCACCAAAGGACAGAAAGCCCCAUGUGUGCAGGAACCCUGACUUGAUUAGAGGGGUGGGGAAAUACUCACGCUCUAAGAUGUAUCACAAGAGGGGUCUUUGGGCUAUCAAGGCUAAGAAUGGUGGUGCUUUCCCCAAACACGAGAAGAAAGCUGCUGCUGCUGCUCUGCCUGAGAAGCCUCCGAAGUUCUAUCCCGCUGAUGAUGUGAAGAAACCCCUUGUCAAUAAGCGCAAAGCCAGACCAACUAAGCUCAGGGCUAGCAUUACUCCAGGAACUGUGCUGAUCAUAUUGGCUGGGAGGUUCAAGGGCAAGAGGGUUGUUUUUCUUAAACAACUGACUUCUGGAUUGUUGCUGGUUACUGGCCCCUUUAAGAUUAAUGGUGUUCCUUUGAGGAGGGUGAAUCAGUCAUACGUUAUUGCCACAUCAACGAAGGCUGACAUCACUGCGGUAAAUGUGGAGAAGUUUGAUGACAAAUACUUCGGAAAGAAAGUUGAAAAGAAGAAGAAGAAAGGAGAGGGCGAGUUUUUCGAGGCAGAGAAAGAGGAAAAGAACACACUUCCACAGGAAAAGAAAGACGACCAGAAGACUCUAGAUGCAGCUUUGAUAACAUCAAUUGAGGCUGUUCCAGAUCUGAAAAGCUAUUUGGGUGCAAGAUUUUCGCUCAAGGCAGGCAUGAAACCUCAUGAGCUUGUUUUUUAAGGGAAAACAUGAAGAGCCAUUAGUAGAAUUAAUUUUGUUUCUGUAAUCAUCUCUCAUGUCUACAUAGAUCUAGAGGAUGCAUUAUCAGUUUCUUUUUUGUGUUGAAUGACUGAAAUUCUUUUUUAUAUGCUCCAAGCACAAUGGAAUUUUGCAAAGAAUGUUUUAAUUC